AUGAGCGGUCAACAUCCCAGUAUAAAAGAAGGUUGGUUUACGGAGCUUAGCGACGAGCAUUUCCCCGGGCAGGGUUUUUCACUCCAAGUGGAACAGGUUUUACACCAUUCACGCAGUGAAUUCCAAGAUGUCCUAGUCUUUAAAAGCACCAAUUUUGGUAAUGUGUUGGUUUUAGAUGGUAUAAUCCAAUGUGCCGAGCGAGAUGAGUUUGCAUAUCAAGAGAUGAUCUCCCACGUUCCAUUAUUUGCUCAUGGUAAUCCUAAAAAUGUGCUUGUCAUUGGUGGUGGUGAUGGUGGUGUCAUUAGAGAAGUGGUCAAACACGAUUGUGUGGAGAAAGUCACACUAGUGGAAAUUGAUAAAACCGUUAUCGAUUUAUCUCAACAAUUCCUUCCCAGUAUGGCGUGUGCUUUGAACCACCCAAAAGUACAUAUAAACUUGUGUGAUGGAUUUCAAUUCCUGAGAGAUGUUGCCCUUGCUGCUAUUGAUGAAAGGUAUGAUGUGAUCAUUACCGAUUCCUCGGAUCCGGAAGGUCCUGCUGAAGCCUUCUUCCAAAAGGAAUAUUUCGAAUUAUUAAAGGCAGCAUUGAAUCCAGGUGGAAUUGUAAUUGCACAGGCUUCAGAGAAUUUUUGGUUAAAUAUCGACUAUUUGCAAGGACUAAUGAACAUCGCUCAUUCGGUGUUUCAGAAAGCCAAUUACUGUUAUACUACUGUCCCCACUUAUACUUCAGGCCAAUUGGGCCUCAUCAUCUGUAGCGAUGAUAGUCGACUAGAUCUCACAAGGCCUCAAAGGCAUCCAUCCCAACAGGAACAAGAUAUUUUGAAAUAUUACAACCCUGAAAUUCAUCACGCUUCUUUCAUACUGCCAACUUGGGCUGAUAGAUUGAUUAAUGGCAGGAAUGAUGGUAUCUGA